AUGUCAUCAUCACGUAAGCGUACUAGGGUCUCUUCGUCGGUUGAUGCUACUUCUUCUGAUCGUUCCUUAUAUUUGGACAAUGGCGACUGUACUAAUAUUUGUGAGCAUUGUGGUGCUUUUUUUUGGUUUGACGAACGUAUAGUAGCAACAUCUACCGCCCGUCAUCUUCGAUAUAACCAAUGCUGUAAAGGUGGACGUGUAAAGUUUCCUCCUCCUAAUCAUCCUUUGUCGGCUUUCGUUGAUUUGUUUGGUCGACCAGACUUUCUAGCAAAUAUACGUGCUUAUAACUCUAUGUUCUCAAUGACUUCUUUCGGUGGCAAAGUAGAUGAUUCUGUUAAUAUUGGGUCUGCGCCAUAUGUGUUUAAGAUUGAGGGCCAGGUUUAUCAUUCGUUGGGUUCAUUAUGUCCCACAGAUAAUGAAUCACCAAGAUUUCUACAGAUGUAUAUCUAUGAUACUAACAACGAAAUUGUGAAUAGGCUUCGAUUCUUUGAUGGCACUAUACGUUCACAGUUAAGUGCUAAUGUUGUUUCUACAAUUCUUACAGCCCUUGACGAAUGUAAUGAACUGGUCAGGUUGUUCAGAAAUGCUCGAGAUUUGACUCUUUCAUCUAACUUGCCUUCGUUUUCAAUUCGUUUGUACAAUUCAUAUAACUGUUUGUCUUAUGAUAGACCUGGCCCUGAUUGCAUUGGCGCGAUUGUAACCGACCAGGACCCCAGUGCUGAUGGAUAUGACAUUGUUAUUCGGCAUAAGACUACUGGUCUUCAACGAAUAAGCAAUCUUCAUCCGUUAUACAUGGCUUUGCAGUAUCCUUUGUUGUUUGUUUACGGUGAGAGUGGUUGGUCCCCUGACUUACGUCUUUCUGGUGUUUCCGGAAAAGAAGAAAAAAAUAUGUCCAUGAAUAUGUUCUAUAGUUAUCAACUUCAUGAUCGUCUUAAUGUCUACACAUUGCUGUUGCGAGGUGGACGUCUGUUCCAGCAAUAUCUGGUUGAUGCCUAUGUGUGUAUAGAGCAGAAUAGGCUACAAUAUUACAGACGUAAUCAAAGUUCUUUAAGAAGUGACGUAUUGAAAGGCAUACAUGAUGCUAUUCGUCGUGGUGAUACUGAAGGACGUGAUAUAGGAAAACGUACUAUUCUACCUUCAUCAUUUACGGGGGGGCCACGAUACAUGUAUAAACAUUAUCAGGAUGCGUUAGCGAUUUGUAGAGUACAUGGAAAUCCUCAAUACUUCAUCACUUUUACAUGUAAUGUUAAUUGGCCUGAAAUUCGUAGAUAUUUAACUAAGUAUCCGGUACUUAAAGCGCAAGACCGUCCAGAUAUCAUAGCUCGCGUUUUCCAUAUAAAAGUUGCCUCAUUUGUCAACUUUCUUCGUAAUAACAGGCCAUUUGGAAAAGUUACUGCAGAUUUAUACACGAUAGAAUUUCAGAAGAGGGGUCUACCGCACUGUCAUUUGUUAUUAUGGGUAGACGAAUCUAAUAAGAUAACUGACGCUACUCACGUUGAUAAGUAUAUUUCAGCAGAAAUUCCAGAUCCUGAAAUGGACCCAGAACUACAUAGGAUUGUUACUAACUUCAUGAUACAUGGACCAUGCGGUACUGUUAAACCUAACGCGCCAUGUAUGUCGCUCGGUAUGUGCUCUAAGAACUUUCCAAAGGCUUAUCAACAAAGUAGUAUGAUUGACGAGAACGAAUAUGCACAUUAUAAAAGGUGGGUGUCUGGCAAUACUGUUAUCAAAGAUGGUGUUGCUCUUGAUAACAGGUAUGUUGUCUCAUACAACCACACCCUACUUUUACGCUUCCAAGCACACAUAAAUGUAGAGUACUGCGGCUCGAGCAUGUUGAUAAAGUACCUUUUUAAGUACGUAUCAAAGGGCUCUGAUCGUAUUCGUUUUAACAUUAGUAAAGAACCUUCUUCUUCUGGUGAAACUGAAGCUCACACUACGUCUGAAAUCGACGAGAUUAAGAACUAUGUUGACGGGAGAUUCAUAUGUCCACAUGAGUCAGCCUGGAGAAUUCUUGAUUUUCACAUUCAUCAAAGGAAUCCUGCAGUACAAGUUUUAGCUGUUCACUUGCAAGAAAUGCAAAAUGUAACUUUCAAGGACAAUGAGCAAUUGCAAAACAUUGCUAGAAACCCGUUAUCAAGGCGUACUACCUUAACAGAAUGGCUUUACAACAAUUGUAUUGACGAGAGUGGACGACAUCUGACUUACGUUGACUUUUUAUCAGAGUAUAGAUGGGAGGCCUCAGCUAAGACGUGGAUACGUAGACUAACAAACAGAACACCAGCGAUUGGGAGACUUAUCUAUGUACAUCCAACGUGUGGUGAAACUUUCUAUCUACGUCUAUUGCUACCACACCAAAAAGGUUGUCGAUCCUUCGAGGACAUUCGCACAGUCUCCGGAGAAGUAUGCUCAACAUACCGUGUUGCAUGCGAAAGGCUUGGAUUACUAGGUGAUAAUAGGGAAUGGUCAUAUACCUUCAAUGAGGCUGCCGCUUGGGCUACUGCUUCUGAGUUACGACACCUAUUCAUACAUAUGCUUUUAUAUUGUGAGGUGUCAAACCCUAAACAAUUAUGGGAUAUGCAUUGGCACAAAAUGGCUGAUGACGUUGUGCAUAGACAUCAUCUAAACGAUGAUGACCAGAUGCAACAUGUUUUAUAUGAGCUUGAAUUAUUAUUACGGACUGAAUCAUCUUCGUCAUUGUGCGAGUUAGGGUUGCCAACGCCAAGUCCAACAAUUGUUGCAUCGGUGACCAAUAGACUACUGAUGGAAGAAAGAAAUUACGAUAGGCAACAACUUGCAAUUGAACAUAUGUCAUCACGGUCUGUUCUCAAUCCACAACAAAAGAACAUAUAUGAUUAUGUUUUGUCGACAUUAAAGCGAAAAGAGCAAGUAAAGGCCUUUGUUUACGGCUAUGGUGGAACAGGCAAGACAUUCUUAUGGACUACUAUCAUCUCGGCCUUACGUUCUGAAGGUAAAAUUGUACUUGCUGUGGCUGCAUCCGGUAUUGCGUCUUUGUUACUUCCUGCUGGUAGAACGGCUCAUUCACGAUUUAAGAUACCGUUAGAUCUAACAGAUCAGUCAACCUGUUACAUAAAGAAAAACACUCAUCUAGCUCAGUUGCUAACAGAAACAACACUCAUAAUAUGGGACGAAGCACCUAUGAAUGAUCGCAGAUGCUUUGAGUCACUUGACAGAACACUUAAAGACUUGCUGAACAGACCUCAUGAACCUUUCGGAGGUCAGUCCAUAUUACUUGGAGGUGACUUCCGGCAAACUCUGCCAGUAAUACCAAAGGCUUCAAAAGAUGCAAUUUUAUCAUCGGCUCUUCCAAGAUCAUAUCUAUGGAGACAUUUCAAAGUAUACAAGUUGACAGAAAACAUGCGCUUACAAAGUACGAAUCUAAACACAAAUCACAGAGCCAAGAUUGCAAUGUUCUCAUCAUGGUUACUUGAUGUAGGUGACGGGAAAUUGGGAACUCCAGACGUUAAUGAUCCCUUAAACACUAGAAACAUCGAGGUCCCAUUAGACUAUGUCAUACCUUAUAGUGAUAAUGCACUUCAAGAGCUUAUUCAGUUCAUCUAUGACAAGGCCACUUUGGACAAUCCGACAACUGAGAAUCUUUACAACAAAGCAAUUGUUUGUCCUAAAAAUGAAACUGCUCAAGAGAUUAAUAACAUGGUUCUUGCAUGCAUCCCUGGGAACAGUAAGACAUACCUCAGCACGGACACAAUAAUACCCAACUUAGGAAGCCAUGGUGAUAUUGAAAUGCUUUACCCGACAGAGUAUUUGAACUUGCUGAAUUUUAGUGAACUACCACCACAUCAAUUAGAGCUAAAAGUAAACACACCAGUUAUGCUGAUACGUAACAUCAAUCAAACAAUUGGUUUAUGCAAUGGCACAAGAUUGCUAAUUACACAAUUACUUCCAAGAGUAAUUGAGGCACAGAUAAUGACAGGUACUGCAAUUGGCCACCGUGUGUAUAUACCACGUAUAUCUCUAACACACACAGAUACGGAACUACCUUUCACUUUCAAAAGAAAACAGUUUCCGAUAAAACUAUGCUACGCCAUGACAAUUAACAAAAGCCAAGGCCAAUCACUUAACAAGAUUGGGGUGUAUCUUCCUGAGCCAGUAUUCAGCCAUGGUCAAUUAUAUGUGGCAUUAUCAAGGGCAACGUCCCCAGACUCUUUAAAAAUACUAACAACCCCAAUGAAGGAUAUGCCAUCCAAUGUUACAAAGAACAUAGUCUACUCUGAUUUUCUAAAUGAAAUAGACAUUAACCAAUCUCAAGGUUGA